UUCGUUUUCGCUUUUUAUUAAUUUAUUUUUCAUUUUAAACCAAAUCCAGUAACCACGCAACCUUUACGCAAAGCGAAAGGAGAGAUCGAAGGCACUCUCUCCCGCCCAUAACUCUCCUCCUUCGCCUCACCUCCGAAAUUUCCGAACCUUAACCCUUCCUCUUCUCUCUCUCUCUCUCUAAAUCUAUCGAAUCAAAGCCAAUCGGACUCAUUCUGUGAUGAACAACCGCCAGCUUGCUUAGGAAGCGCUGAAGCACAUCCAAGAUUUCCUGGAAGAACUUUUCUCUACUUUGAGUAAAAUUACAGUUUUUUUACUUGGAAAUGGCGAGAGGUGGCAGGGGCAGACGCAGACUUGGAGCCCGUAAGUACAGGUCUACUCCAUACCCAUUACCAUCUUGCCGCCGGGAGGUUACAGAGAAGGAAUCACACCAGAAGAAAUGUUCCAAUGCUUUGGAGAAAAAAGACUGGGAAGAUGCAAACUGUUCAGUGUGCAUGGAAUACCCUCAUAAUGCUGUUCUCCUCCUCUGCUCCUCCCAUGACAAAGGAUGCCGUCCCUACAUGUGUGGCACCAGCUAUCGUUAUUCCAACUGCCUUGACCAGUUCAAGAAAGCAUACACCAAAGUAAUGUCACCUCGCUCUGUUCAACCAUGGCAUGAGUUGGGAGACAACACUAAUGGUGGUUCAGGUUCUGGUUGGCCUAAUGAAAAAUGUGAAGUAAUGGACCUAGCAUGCCCACUUUGCCGAGGGCAGGUGAAAGGGUGGACUGUGGUGGAACCUGCACGUGAAUAUCUAAAUGAGAAGAAGAGGAGCUGCAUGCAGGAUGACUGCUCAUUUGUUGGAACUUACAAGGAGCUCAGGAAGCAUGUGAAGGCAGAUCACCCAUCUGCACGACCCCGUGAGGUGGACCCAGCGCUUGAACAAAAAUGGAGACGGCUUGAGCAUGAGAGAGAGCAUGAUGACGUGAUGAGCACAAUAAGGUCAUCCAUGCCAGGGGCAAUGGUCCUGGGAGACUAUGUUAUAGAGGGACGUCAUCGUGGCUUUGGUACAGAUAAUGAGGGGGAUGCUGACGAUGAUGAUGGAUAUGAUGUGGAUUUAGGAGAGAAUUUUCUUAACUUGUUUCUUCUGUUCCAUCACAACAUGGGGGGAGGAGUCAACCUUAACACACGCCUGAGGAGGUUGGAGAGGCACCGCGCAUUGGAUGAAAAUGGUCGUGGUGGAAUCUCUCGUGUUGCAGCAACUGGUGGUGCAGCUAGUGCAAGAAAUGACGAUGAUAAUCAUGGUUCCCCUGUUGGCCGCCACAGAGGCAGAGUGGUGGAGCUGGGGAGGUCACAUAGGAGGCUAAAUCGUAGAAAUCGCCAGAGAAUGGGGACAAUGUGACCUGAAAGAAUAAGUGGGGGAUGAGAAUUGUGUAGGGUUAGUUAGGUAGAAAUCAGCAUUUGACUGUCUCGUCUCCCUCUUCAUCAGUACAUCGUCGUCUGAUUUAUUUGUGGAAUGUCAUGUUAAAAUAUUGCU